GGAAGUGCAGUAUUUAAAAACUUUCAGUUGAGUUUAGGGCGAAAAACACCGCUCGACUUGAUAACUCAGUUAAAAAAAGGAUUAACGUGACUAUCAUCUCCACGAUGGAAGAAACUCAUACGGAGAGAAUGCAGAAACUUGCCAUGGUUUGUCAACAGCUCAACAAGAUUAAAAAACAUCUCAAUGAAGAUGACACUGAUAAUAUUAACCAGCUCAUCAGCUUAAAUUCGUCUGAAGCUUGUCUGUCAUACUUGAUGAACCUGGAGAAGAAAGGGGACCCACACUCGGAUUCGUAUCAUCUAACUCGACUCAUUAGUUUUUACACAAGAGUGUUUUCAAAUAUGCCACUUGGACUACACUGCAAAAAUGAGAGUUACGCCAGGAUGUUAGUAAGAUUUGCAGAGUUGAAAGCAAUUCAAGAUGUCAACGAGGCUGAGGCCAACUUCAAUUUGGCAAGGUCUCAUUGUCAGAACUUUGCAUUUGUUCACAUCGCACAUGCAAAGUUUGUGCAUUCUCAAGGCAACAUAAAGAAAUGUAUAUAUAUAUUGCAAAACGCAAUUGAACUGGGUGCCGACCCAAAAGAACUACUGGAGACUGCCUUGCUACGUUUGCAGGGAGAAAAACGUCACAGUUUCCCUCCGGAUGACAAAGAAAAUUACCCAUAUUUGUUAAACAGUACUGCUCAUGAUGUUAAAAAAGGCUCAGAGUUCCAGAAAGUAAGCAGGAUAUCGGAUGGGACAGGUCAAUUGCAUCUGUCAGGCAGUAUCAAUUUAGGAAGUAAAAUACUCAAUGUAUCAUCAGACCAGCUGCAGAAUCGGAUAUCUGCAUCUCAAUGCAAGAGUCUGCCAGGCAGAGUUCCCAAUGUUCCUUCCUCCAUCCCAGAAAAGGAUUGUGAUGGCGGUGGUGAUUAUGUCAAUGAGAGCCCAUCAAAUAGCACUGAUGGAUUAAUUCUAAAGAAUUUAUCCAGGCAAACGUCUGGUUCUCAUGAGAGCACAAAGCUUGGGUUAUUCUCGGCAAGGAAAGCCCCUGAAGAUCACCACUUGAACAGCUUUCUGACACCAUCCACUACCCCGGUAAAUGGCCCUUUUGAAGUCCAGGACUCCGUGGAGCCCAUGAUUACUCAUCUUGAUGCGGAUGAUUCAAAGAAUACCCUCAAAUUAGACGAUGUAACUUCCGAUUUUGAGCAAGUCCUUCUGUCAAAUUCCCUUGAGUCAUGUUGGACUUACCUGGUUAACCUUGAAAAAGGACGCAACCCUCAUACAGACAUCAACCUGCUUAAUAAACUCAAGGAUUGCUAUUCUAAAAUUUUCAUACGUCUGCCCAUAAGACGGUACAACAAGAACUCUUGCUAUGCAAGAUUACUGAUCAAAUAUGCAGAACUCAAGGGCAUUGAUGACCUUGAUGAAGCUGAAGACCAUUUCAUAGUUGCAAGAUCCCAGUGCAAAUCAUUUGCAUUUGUGCAUGUAGCUUAUGCUCAGUUUGUGGCUUCUCAAGGCAAUGUGAACAAGGCGAUUUCAAUACUGCUCAAAGCUCAGUCAUUGGAUGCUAAGCCAGCUGAGCUGCUGGAGGUGGCGUUGCAGAAGCUGAAAGCUGGAGAGAAACAACUUGUUUCCACUGAGAAAGAGCAACUCUCUCUAGAAUCCCAGCUCCCUGAUAAGGUUGCUGGAAACCAAACCGUGGAAGAUCCCAAACCGGCCAGCAAAGAGGGUGUAUCAGUUGGGGAAUGGAAGACGACAACUCAGAAGGAUGUUAUUGCAGAGAUGAAACGUGUAACACCACCUGAUUCCAAACAGAUUCCUCAUGUCGUGAAAUCCAUCCCGACUCCAUCUCUUUGGCUUCCAUCGACAUUAAAUCUACGGACUCCAAAUAACUACAGAAGCACAUGUGCAAAUAGCUUUAUUACUCCUAUUGUAAAGAGAGACCCUCCAGUGUUGUGUUCAUCCAGAGAUGCAGCACACAGAGUUGAACCUGUUCAGCAGCCUUGCACACCUUUGAAUCACUCAACUGGAUUUCACAUUCCACAGGCUUCCCUCACAUCACUGUCAAAUGACUCCAUUACCAUUAAAGGCAAGCAGUUCUUCAUUCUUAAAAUGAUUGGACGUGGUGGAUCCAGCAAGGUGUACCAGGUCCUGGAUCAUAAAAAACAGUUGUUUGCGGUGAAAUACGUAAACCUUGAGGAAGCGGAUGCUCAGACAGUGGAAAGUUACAAAAAUGAGAUUGAACAUCUGAAUCACUUGCAACAAUACAGCGAUCAAAUCAUAAAGCUCUACGACUAUGAAAUAACAAACGACUACAUUUAUAUGCUGAUGGAGUGUGGCAACUUGGAUCUAAACACUUGGCUGCGUAACCGAACGACUGUCAAUCCACUUGAGAGGAAGUUCUACUGGAAGAACAUGCUAGAAGCUGUCCAUACUAUUCACAAACAUGGCAUCAUUCACAGUGACUUAAAGCCAGCAAAUUUUGUCAUUGUCAAUGCGUCACUAAAGCUCAUUGACUUUGGCAUUGCAAAUCGCAUGCAGCCUGAUGUAACAAGCAUUAUGAAGGACACCCAAGUUGGAACCCUGAACUAUAUGCCCCCUGAGACAAUUAAAGAUACUUCAUCCCAGCAUGGAAAAGCACGCUCAAAAAUUAGUCCAAAAGGCGAUGUGUGGUCCCUCGGAUGUAUCCUGUAUUGCAUGACCUACAAAAAGACUCCAUUCCAAAGUAUCACCAAUCAAAUCGCCAAGCUGCAUGCCAUCAUCGAUCCCAAACAUGACAUUGAAUUUGCUGACAUCUCAGAGAAGGAUUUAUUGGAUGUUUUGAAAAGGUGCUUGGUACGAAAUCCCAGAGAGCGAAUUUCCAUCGUGGAACUGCUGGAGCAUCCAUACCUGCAACUUAAACCACAAGGUUCUCCGAAAACAGAACGUCCAUGCAACAGUGAUCUCAAGAAAAUACUAACAGACCUCGCAGCCCUCCAGUCUCCCAAUAGCAUCAUCAGAGCUGCUAAUAAUCUGGCCAAAAUGUGCAACAGUGGCAGGAAGCUGGAUGUGGCAGAGUGUGCAAAGUCAAUUAGCUAUGUAGAAAAAUAAAUGUAAAUAGGUUUGUGUGUGUUUAUUCUGUUUUUGUUUUGUUUUUUUACUUGGAUACAGUGAAAAUUAAAAUUCUGCAAGAUAUUGAACAGAA